GCUCGUGUGGGCUGUUCUGCACCACUUGUACUUCUAUCAUAUUCAGCGUGUGGGGAUGAGGCUGAGAGUAGCCAUGUGCCAUAUGAUCUACCGCAAGGUACUUCGUCUGAGUAGCUUGGCCAUGGGGAAGACCACCACAGGCCAGAUAGUCAACCUGCUGUCCAAUGAUGUGAACAGGUUUGAUCAGGUGACGAUGUUCUUGCACUAUCUGUGGGUGGGGCCACUGCAGGCAAUCGCAGUGACCGCCCUGCUCUGGAUGGAAACAGGAAUAUCCUGUCUUGCUGGGAUGGCGGUUCUCAUUUUCCUUCUGCUGUUGCAAAGCUGCUUUGGGAUGUGGUUUUCAUCACUCCGGAGUAAGACUGCAGCUCUCACAGAUGACAGGAUCAGGACCAUGAGUGAAUUUAUAAGUGGCAUCAAAACAGUAAAAAUGUAUGCUUGGGAAAAGUCACUUAUAGACCUUAUUACCAGAUUUAGAAGAAAGGAAAUUUCCAAGAUUCUGAAAAGUUCCUACCUUAGAGGAAUGAAUUUGGCAUCAUUUUUUGUUGUAACCAAAAUCAUGAUUUUUGUCACCUUCAUUACCAAUGUGGCUCUGGAAAAGGUGAUUACAGCCAGCCAAGUGUUUGUGGUGGUGACGCUGUAUGAAGCUCUGCGGUUUACGAGCACCCUCUACUUCCCCAUGGCCAUUGAUAAGGUGUCAGAGGCCAUCGUCAGCAUCCGAAGAAUCAAGAACUUUCUGUUACUUGAUGAGAUAUCACAGCUCAAUACUCAACUGCCAUCAGAUGAUAAAACAAUCGUGCAAAUGAAAGAUUUUACUGCUUUUUGGGAUAAGGAAUCAGAAACCCCAACCCUACAAGGCCUUUCAUUUACUGUCAGACCUGGUGAACUGUUAGCUGUGGUUGGACCUGUUGGAGCAGGAAAGUCGUCACUGUUGCAUGCUCUGCUGGGGGAGCUGCCCCCAAGCCAGGGACAGGUCAUCGUGCACGGGAGGAUCAUAUAUGUUUCUCAGCAGCCUUGGGUGUUCUCAGGAACUGUGAGGAAUAACAUUUUAUUUGGGAAGAAAUAUGAAGAAGAACGAUAUGAAAAAGUAAUAAAGGCUUGUGCUUUGGAAGAGGAUUUACAGCUUUUGAAGGAAAAUGACCUAACUGAGAUAGGAGAACAGGGAACCCUGCUGAGUGAAGGACAGAAAGCCCGGGUCAGCCUCGCCAGAGCCGUGUACCAGGAGGCAGACAUCUACCUCCUGGAUGAUCCGCUCAGCGCAGUGGAUGCAGGAGUCAGCAGGCACUUGUUCGAACAGUGUGUUCGUCAGGCCUUGAAGGAGAAGAUCACAAUCUUAGUGACUCAUCAGCUGCAGUACCUGAAGGAUGCAAGUCAGAUUCUGAUACUGAAAGAUGGUAAAAUUAUGCAAAAGGGGACUUUUGCUGAGGUUCCAAAAUCUUGGAUAGAUUUUGAAGAUAUUCUUUUAAAGAAGGAGAAUGAGGAGGCUGAACCAUCUCCAGGUCCAGGAACUCCCACUCUGAUCUCUGAGUCUUCAGUUCAAUCUCAACUGUCUUCCAGACCCUUCUUGAAAGAUGCGGCUCCAGAGGACCAAGAUACUGAGAAUAUCCAGGUUACAUUACCACUGGAGGGCCGUUCGUUUGGAAGAGUUGGUUUUAAGACCUAUGCGAAUUACUUCACAGCUGGUGCUCACUGGUUUAUCAUCAUUUUCCUUAUUUUAGUGAACAUUGCAGCUCAGGUUUCCUAUGUCCUGCAGGACUGGUGGCUUGCAUACUGGGCAAAUGGACAGAGUACCCUAUAUGCCAUGGCAUAUGGAAAAGGAAGGGUAAUUGAGAUACCUGAUUCUGACUGGUACUUAACAGUUCACUCAGUUCUAACUGCAGGUACCAUCCUUUUUGGCGUCACAAGAUCUCUGUUGAUAUUCUACGUCCUUGUUAAUUCUUCACAAACUUUGCACAACAAAAUGUUGGAGUCCAUUUUUAGAGCUCCAAUGCUGUUCUUUGAUAGAAAUCCAAUAGGAAGAAUUUUGAAUCGUUUCUCUAAAGAUAUUGGCCAUAUGGAUGACUUGCUGCCCCUGACAUUUCUUUAUUUCAUCCAGACAUUUCUACUUGUGAUUGGUGUGGUGGGUGUGAUGGUGGCUGCAAUUCCUUGGAUUGCUAUACCUGUGAUUCCCCUUGGCAUCCUCUUCUUUGUUCUUCAGCAAUAUUUCUUACAGACAUCACGAGAUGUGAAACGCCUGGAAUGUACAACUUUGGAUCUCGGGCAGGUUGGCCUGGUCCUGUCUCUCACUCUCACACUCUCGGGGAUGUUCCAGUGGUGCGUCAGGCAAAGUGCUGAAGUUGAGAACAUGAUGAUUUCAGUAGAAAGGGUGAUUGAAUAUACAGACCUUGAGAAAGAAGCGCCCUGGGAACUUGAGUAUCACCCACCACCAUUCUGGCCCAACAAUGGGGAGAUUUACUUUAACAGUGUGAACUUCAGGUAUAAGUCAGAUAGUCCUCUGGUAUUGAGGAACCUGGAAACAUCCAUUUACUCAAGAGAAAAGUAUGGCAUCGUGGGAAGAACAGGAGCUGGAAAAAGUUCCCUCGUUGCUGCCCUUUUUCGAUUGUCAGAACCUGAAGGUAGCAUUUAUAUUGAUGGAAUCUUGACAACUGGUAUUGGACUUCAUGAUUUAAGGAAGAAAUUGUCAGUUGCACUUCAGGAACCUGUUUUAUUCACUGGAACAAUGAGGAAAAAUCUGGAUCCCUUUAAUGAGCAUAUGGAUAAUGAACUGUGGAAUGCCUUAGAAGAGGUACAACUCAAAGAAUCCAUCGAAGGUCUUCCUGCUAAAAUGAAUACUGAAUUAGCAGAAUCUGGAUUGAACUUGAGUGUUGGUCAGAAACAACUGGUGUGCCUUGCCAGGGCUAUUCUCAGGAAAAAUCAGAUAUUGAUUAUUGACAAAGCCACAUCAUAUGUGGAUCCAAGAACUGAUGAGUUAAUACAAAAAAAAAUUCAUGAGAGAUUUUCCCAGUGCACUGUGCUGACCAUUGCACACAGGUUGAGCAACAUUAUUGACUGUGAAUGGAUAAUGGUUUUGGAUUCAGGGAAACGGAAAGAACAUAAUCAGCCAAAUAAUUUGCUGCAAGAUAGAAACAGCCUAUUUUACAAGAUGGUGCAACAACUGGAGGAGGCAUAGGCUGCUGUCCUCAGUAAAUGGCAAAAUAGGUGUACUUCAAAAGGAGAUGGCCAGAUAUCACUCACAGUGACCAUGUGGUUAUGAAUGUUUCCAGUGGACAGCCCUCAACCUUCACAAUUCUGAGUGAAC